GUCCGGGCUGCGCGUCGCUCUUCGGCUUGCCCCGCCUCUCCCCUCCCCCGAGACGACGCCGCGACGGAAGCGGGAAGGACGUGGCGCGAGGCAGCUCCAGCCGACAGGAUGGUGACGGACGUGCAACUGGCCAUCUUCGCCAACAUGCUGGGCGUGUCGCUCUUCCUGCUCGUGGUCCUCUACCACUACGUGGCCGUCAACAACCCCAAGAAGCAGGAGUGACCGGGCCGGGGCCUCCGCCCGCCUCCCGCCCCCCCCGCAGCAGCGCCGGCGCGAGCGAAGCACGGAUCUCCCCAGGCGGCCCCACGGACUACAAUAAAUGGCUUCUCAGCAGCCCGCGUGCACCGGGGCCUUCCUGUUUGCGAUGCCGCAGGCACCGGGAGGGGAGGGGAGGGGAGGGGAAGUAUUUUCUUGCCAAACCAAAUUUAUUAAUUAGAAACCUGUUACAAGAAAA